UACACUUGCACUUGGAAAGCGAAGGCACAGCGCGCGCUCAGUAGAGAACGCUUUCGUUACAUUUCAACAGAACGUUAACUUGCGUUCUCAUUUAUUUUAUAGUCGCGUUUUAGGUCUAAUCUGCAUUGCUUUCUUGGAGAAGUUCGUUCUCGAGCUGUUGUUAUGGUUUGGAGGGCAUAUUGUUGAGCUAAAUAUAAACGCAUAGUUGUUAUGGAGAAAUUCUUGAAUGCAAAGACAAAUAAUGCAUUAAAUUGUGCGCUGUAAUUCUAAUGUUAACAGCACAGAUAUCGACAACAAUGUCACAGGCUGAGGUUGACAUGGCUGGUCUUGGCUUCCCGAAGUUGCCUGCAGGUUUGGACGCGGACUCGUUCUUCCCAGUUCGCCUGCCGCCGAGACGGAGGAGACACUCGGCAAACUCCAGGAGAAAUGCCUACAGGUUUAACAAACUCCACUCCAUGGACGUGGAGUCCCAGGAAAGACUCGCGCCUUUGACAAAAACUCUUUCGUGGUCAGCCGACAACAUUUUAUCGGAAAGUACCAACGAGGAGAAAAAGACGGACUCUUCUCCUCCAAUGUCACCUGUCUCCAGCUCACCACCUGAGACGCAAGACUCGGACCCGAGACCGACUGGUUCCUGGGCCACCGAGGAGCCCAGCGCACAGGAGGCUGAUGCCAGCUCGGACUCCGAUGAUGAAAGCACCCAGAAGAAGCUCGUUUUGUCAAGAGCCCAGUUUGAGAGUAAACGCCAGCAGGAGGAAAAGGAUGAAGUCGAGACUAAAGCUGUGGCGACUUCACCUGAUGGAAGGUUUCUGAAAUUCAACAUUGAGAUCGGAAGGGGGUCUUUUAAGACAGUCUACAAAGGCUUGGAUACGGAGACCACUGUGGAGGUUGCUUGGUGUGAACUGCAGACACGAAGGCUGACGAAAGUGGAACGGCAGCGUUUCAGUGAAGAGGUGGACAUGCUGAAGUGCCUGCAGCAUCCAAACAUUGUCCGUUUUUACGACUCCUGGAAGUCCACCAUGAAAGGGCAAAAGUGCAUUAUCCUUGUAACGGAACUCAUGACGUCAGGGACGCUGAAGACGUAUCUGAAAAGGUUCAAAGAGAUGAAGCUAAAGCUCCUUCAGCGUUGGAGUCAUCAGAUCCUCAAGGGCCUUCACUUCCUGCACACACGAACACCUCCCAUAAUCCACCGAGACCUUAAAUGUGACAACAUCUUCAUCACUGGCCCCACUGGAUAUGUUAAGAUUGGUGAUUUAGGCCUAGCCACUCUCAAGAGUGCUUCGUUUGCUAAGAGCGUCAUUGGAACCCCUGAGUUUAUGGCUCCAGAGAUGUACGAGGAGAAAUAUGAUGAAGCUGUGGAUGUUUAUGCCUUUGGGAUGUGCAUCCUGGAGAUGACCACAUCAGAGUACCCCUACUCAGAGUGCCAAAACGCUGCGCAGAUCUACCGCAAAGUCACCAGUGGAAUGAAGCCAGACAGUUUUUACAAAGUGAAAGUCCCUGAACUAAAAGAGAUCAUUGAGGGAUGCAUCCGGAUGAACAAAGACGAAAGAUACACUAUCCAGGACCUCUUAGAGCACACCUUCUUCCAGGAGAAUAAUGGUGUCCAUGUCGAGCUGGCUGAGGAAGACGACAUGGUGAAGUCUGGCCUUAAACUCUGGCUUCGGAUGGACGACACCAAGAAACUCCAUGGGAAAUACAAGGACAACAAUGCCAUCGAGUUCCUUUUCGAACUCUACAAGGAUAUCCCGGAGGAGGUGGCUCAGGAGAUGGUUGUUCUUGGCUUUGUCUGUGAGGCCGACUACAAGCUUGUGGCCAAAGCCAUCCGUGACCGCGUCACCGCCAUCAAACGGCAACGAGAGAAGCUCCGCCGUCAGGCUGAAGUGGUGCAGAGGCGUCGCCAAGAGGAGGUGAUUGAAGAGGAACCGGACCCUAGUCUUGAAGCCGAACCUUCAGUUUCUAACCCUCCAGCUCCUAAACCUCCUGUAGAGACACCUGUAUCCAUCCCUACACAAGCUCCGCCCACUGUCACAGUGUCUGGUCCCAUUUCCCUGCCUGCAAACGAAUCUCUGGACUCUGGCUUCAACGCCAGCUUUGCCACUGAACCUGAAGAGCCGGACACGGACCAGCAGCCACAUUUCAACAUACGCCAUGCCAGCUACUCAUCAGCAACAUCUGACUGUGAGACGGACGGCUACCUCAGCCCCUCUGGGCUUCAGGACCCUUUAGAGUCCCUAACUCCUGUAACAAACCAACCCUUCACAGUUCCACAACCAAUCAGUGGAGCACCUCGUGUGGAAACCCCACCCACCGAAGCCACUCCCACUCCAGCUGCUGCAAUCCCAGCUCUCCGUUUCCCCUCGAGCAUUGCUGUGUCCCAAAAUACAGAGAGGACCCAGUCAGGAAGUGCCAGUGGUUUUUCCUCUCCUGUCGACAGCUAUGCUUCUGAUGUCACCUCUGGUUUGAGUGACGGAAAUGAGGGUCUUUCGGAGAGGAGCGGGAAAGGUCAGAACAAACGCACCGGAACCAAGUUACUCAGGAAGAGAGCUCGCUCAAGGCUACGCAUCACCGGGCUGUCAGAUAAAGUGGAUCGGGUUGUAGAGUGUCAACUACAGACUCAUAACAGCAAGAUGGUGACAUUUAAAUUUGAUCUGGAUGGAGACAACCCAGAAGACAUCGCUACAGUGAUGGUACAUAAUGAGUUUAUCCUACCUGGGGAGAGAGAGGGAUUCAUCCACCGCAUGAGAGAUAUCAUCCGUCGAGCAGAAGCCCUGAUGAGGAAAGAGCCUUUGGAACCACUCGAUCCCAGAGAAACCGGUCGCUUGCCUUACCUGAGUGGAGUCGGCACACUGUCUGCUUCACAGCCCAAUCUCUACACACAGGGCCUCGCUCGCACGCACUCCUCCUCCUCGUUGCCAGAUUAUGCUGGUGCCAGUUUAGGUUCAGUGACCCGCGGUUCCUCGCCUACUCUGAGCGCUGACUUUUACGUCGAUCCUAAUGCUGUUCCACCCGUCCGGCCCCUGCGUUCACAAUCCUUCCACACCACAGGUUCUUCACAGACCUAUCAGUCUUCUGUGCCCAACUACCCGCAGUACUCCCACCCUGAUAUUCUGUCAUAUCUGCCAAAUCAGAUGUCUGCCAUGCCCCCUCAGUUCACCAAACCACCUUACGUUCAGAACACUCACUUCGCCUACCCCUACCAAAUGGAUCACGCCUCCCUCAACCCAAGUCCACUCACCCGUGUCCCCAGCAACCCAAACUUCUCCUCCUCCUCUUCGUCCUCUUCUGUUGUUUCACCAGUACAGCAGUACGAGAUGGCGUCUCAAGCAGAAACCAACAAUCUGCCGCUUCCAGUUGCCCCUCCACCUGGUUCGCAACCUGCAGGCAUGUGGCCAUCGCCUUCCCAGCAGCCCUUUAUUUCCCUGGCCAAUGUUCUUUCUCUAGCUAUGAACUUUGCACAGUCCAUUAUACCUGCUGGAUCAAUCCCUCAAGGUUACCACCCACAAAUGACCCCUCAACCAGGGUAUGGCCCCAUGUAUCCAGCUCAGUAUGCAAGCAUGAGCAAUGCCGAUGCUCCAUACCACCAGGGGGCAAUGAGCGGACAGUAUAUGGAUAUGUACCAAUACCCUGAUGCUCAUACGCAGAUUCCGGAACCAGUUCCUGAACCUCAAGAAGGGAGCCAAACACCAAUAGUCCCACUUGGGGAGCCAAGAACAUGCACGACUCCUGAGAUUAAACAGACAAUUCCCCCAAACUCAAGCUCUUCUCCAGUGUCCAGAAGUAGCCCACUUGUGGAGAGCCAGUCUAAUCUCAUAGGGCAGCUCAGAGAGAGGACAGACAGUUCAGCAUCAAGCACACGCACCCCAUCAAGCACAAGCUCACCAGCAUCCUCCACAUCUACCAGCCCGCAAAACACUGUGUCCUCGCCUGUCCCAAGGCCCUCCCCCACUUUAUCCAUGUCUCUGGCAGUGUCUGAAACAAAUACCAUUGCAGCCAAAUCCAGACUCUCGCCUAUAUCUGAAGAGAAAAAGUCUAUUGUCACAGUGGGACGGUUUCAAGUCAGUCCAAGCAAGGAGAUUCCCAUUCCAGCUCCCAGCCCAACGCCAACUCCCACCCCUACAGCUUUGCCAACAUCCAUACCGGCUCAAACAUGUCCUAUAAUAGUUCCCGAAACCAUGCCCCCCGCACACAACAGCCAAUCAGACAGCAGCACAGACGUACAGGCGGAAUCAGAAAGCAGUCCCAGCUCUCUGAAUGAAUCACCACCACUUACCAAAUGGCCUAGUGAGACUUUGCGCAGCUCAGAGAGUGCCCCCUUGUGGACCGGAGAAACUAAAACCGUGGACAGAAAGGUUGUAGAACCAGGCGAGGGGCGUGGAGGUGAAGAAGAGGAGGAGGUGGAGGAGGAGACAGAAAGGAGGCGGAGGAGGAUAAGUGUGAGUUUGCUGGACAGUUCAGCAGGGAGCCCUCAGUUCAAUCUAAAUCAGCCUUGGAUAAGCUACACGCGCAGCACAUCAUACGCCAGCAGCGACGAGACAGAGAGUGAAGACGAGGGAAUGUAUGAGGAGCUACAGGAACUCAGAGAGAGACAUGUGGCAGAGGUGCAGGCUCUCCAAACCUCUCAAAAGCUAGAGAUUGAGGAGCUCUACAAACGGAUGGGUAAAGUGCCCCCUCCGGGAAUCGUGUCCCCAGCGGCCAUGUUGUCCAGUCGCCAGCGCCGCCUGUCUAAGAGCGGAGGGUACCCCACCUCUCGCCGAAAUAGCCUGCAAAGACUGGACAUACUGCCACCUACAGGUGCCAUAGGUAUCAUACGGAAGAACUCAGUGAGCGGCAGCAGCAGUGGUUCACAGGAGAGGGCCAGUAAAGGAGUGACCUUUGCCACUGAUUACGCCAGAAUUUGAUAUACUUUGCUAAGGAGCUCUUUGGCCCACAUCCUGCUUUCCUUAUGGACUGAAGUGACAACAUUGCUUCCACAUGCAACUGCCAAUGUGCGUGAGCACAUGUUUGUAGUAUCAAGUGUGUGUUCUUCAAAGGCUGUCAUGUGAAUAUUUUUACCCAGUAUACCUCUGCUGGGUAUUUGCUUACCUUUCUGAAGAGACAGGGCAUUUGUAAGCACAGACUUUAUAUAUGAAACGUGUUUAAAGAUUCAAUGUUGCUGAUCUGAGCACAGAUUUAUGGAGAAAUGCCCGGCACUCAUUUUCAGCUAUAGCAUCCCCGGUGGUUGAAUGUAUGAACUGCAAA